AUGGAAAAAGCUGCAAAAAUGUCAAGCAUACCGGAAGUGAUCCACCAUGAAAUCCUAUUAAGGUCACCGGUGAAAUUGCUCCUUGUAUGCAAGUCCGUCUGCAAGAAUUGGUAUGCCCUAAUCUCUACCUCUGAUUUUGUUAAAACCCAUAUUACUAUCCAGGAAAAGAAACCCAAUCUCAUGCUAGAAGGUAUUGUCAGGAGAAGCGCAAAUAGAAUGCCUUACUCCAUAGCUUAUGAUUCAUUAGUAUCAUCUUCGAUUGUUGUUGAAGAUUAUCAAAUUGAUGCGAUUGAAAUGUGUUACCCAUUCAAAUCUUUAGGUUAUAAAACUGUUCAAUUGUUGGGUUCAUCUAAUGGUCUAAUUUGCAUGACGUUAGUUGAUUUUGAUCAUUUUAAGAAUUUAUUCUGUCUUUGGAACCCAGCCACAAGAGAAUAUAAAAAAAUACCUGAAUUGACAAUUGAAUUCAAGGAUUGCGAUUUUCAAUUCCAUUCUUUUGGUUAUGAUCGCAAGACUGAUGAUUAUAAGUUGGCAAUUGGUUUACAAGCUCUUGGAAGCAAUGUUUAUACUCAGGUCCAACUCUAUACGUUAUCAUCAGAUUCAUGGAAAACAGGGAAAACCAUACCUUACCGGUUUCCUUACUGUCAAAGUUCUGGAGUGAUUUUUAAUGGAGACCUUCACUGGUUACCACUAGGUCAAGACAACUAUGUAUUGCUCUCUUUGGAUAUCAGCGACGAGACUUUUAAGGAAAUGCAACUACCAAUAGAAGUUUUGAAGGAGAAUAUGAACCGAUAUAUGUUUCUGGGGGUGUUGGAAGGGUGCCUUUGCGUAAUUGUCAGCUCAGUUGUUAAUGAUCGGUUUGAAGUAUGGGAGAUGCUGGAUUAUGGUGUUCGAUAA